CAGUAGAACAGGAAAUGAUACAGAGGCAGUCAGGCAAGUUGAAACCUGUGCACACACACACAGCGCCGUGGUAGACAACUAGGCUUUAUAACCGACACUACAGGAGCUCAAAACAUUCUUGGACAAGUGAACUGUAAUGUGUUGGAAAAUAGAUGCUAAAAGAGAAAUAUUUACCAGGUGUAAUAUGACGGAAAUUAAUGCAAAUGGUAGAUUUAUUAAACUUACUCUAACGUCUGGGAUCCACUGAACAUUCAGAGAGUAGAGGACAGAGUUUGUACAAGUCUUCUGGCUGUAUGCCCACCUCCAGCUCCAAGAUGAACUCUUUUGAACCGUGACCAUCUGCAUUUCAACAUAGAGGCUCCAGCCAGCAGAGCGGCUAACUAGGCCUACCUACAGUAACUGUAGGCCUAACUACAGUAACAUGGCGAUGGUGCAGGUGCAGUUUGAGUAUGAGUACACAGCCAAGGACGGGGCUCUGGUCUCCAUCAAGCCCAACGAGAGGUACAUCCUGGUCUCCAGGACCAACGACUACUGGUGGCAUGUCCGGAAGGACCAGAGGACCAAACCCUUCUAUAUCCCUGCCAAGUAUGUGAGAGAGCUCUCUGUGAAGACCCAGGGCCCACUGGACCUCACUCAUUCUGGGACUCAGAGUCACACAUUCUUGCAGUCAACGACUGACAGAGAGCCACUGGACAUGUCUAACAAAGGUCAAUGGUCAGGUGCUGUGACGAAGGUCCGCAUGUCCACAGAUCACUCUGCGAGAGCCACCACUCUCAGGAUGUCCACGUUCGGGGUCUCACUCGACAUUGAGGAUAUCAAGCAUUAUGAGCACAUGAAGACCAUGGUGGGACUGCAGACCUCCAAUAACGAGACUAGAGAUAUCCCGCCACGUGAUCUGAAGAGGCGAAGUUUAGCUCCAGGUUUCUCAUUCACCUCAGCCUCAGACGCUCAAGGUCUUGGUGAUAUGUUGCAGCACUGUUCCCUAAAGCUCCAUGUCUCAGCUGAGCCCACAAGCGGACUUCCCCAGUUGCAGUCAAGCCCUCUUACACUUAUCAAGGAUCAAGAUAAACAGCUGAUCUCAGAUGGCCGGAUAACGAAAACACUGCCAGGGGAUCCUAGUGGGCUAUCUCAUUUAUCUCAGGACUCAGAUAUCUAUGAGACUAUAUCAGAUACCCCGCACUCAGAGUUGACAGACUUUGUGGGAACAGAACUGGCUGGAUCUUUGGGUUCAACUGAAACACCAGCAGAACAACAGCAGAGCCUGGAUCGAACUUCUGGUCCGAUUGACGUUACAGCCCCUUCCGCUACAGCUCAGGUCAAGGAGAGUGUCCAGAACGCUGUGUACGUUAAUGUAGCGGAGCUCGGCAGAAACAUCUCUGAGUCCCCUCCCUCAGCCUUCUCCCCUCCCUGCACUCCUCCAUACCUGGACUCUAAGGGAUGGGAGGUGCACACUGACCAGGAGAGUGGACGGGAGUACUACUACCACCCCGAAUCGGGGCAGACCACCUGGGACAACCCCCACAUAGACCCUGAGGCUCCCGCCGAGGUGUCUGUGUGUUCGCCCUCCUCUCAGUUCCCCUCCCUGUCCCUCACCUCCGCCUCCCCCCCUGCAUGGACCUCUGACUGGGAGCAGUGUUUGGAUGUGACCAGCGGCCACCAGUACUUCUACAACCCAGUAUCGGGGGAGACGUCUUGGGAGUCCCCAGAGCCACAGUGCCCCUACUCCGCUCUGAUGGAGCCUCUGAGUGGGCUCCAGUCUCUGGAGGAAGGGCCGCCUCCCCUGCCUGAGGAGGACUACCAAGCAGAUGACUACCCAGCAGAUAACUACCCAGCCGAGGUUGACCUACCAGAAGAGGAGUUGUUGGCUGUGUCCCCUGUGACCCCUCACUCCUUCCCUAAGGACUACACCCCCAGCCAUGUGACCCGGGCAGUCAUCCCCAGGGCCAGCCUGGACAGGAGUGCCCCGACGGGCUGGAACCUCAACAUAGACCCUGAUGGGACUUGGGUGUUCUCCAACAGACACUCACCUGAUCAGUGGAUCAAAUCGUUGGAUGACAGAGGACUGACGUACUACUACCUUAGAGAUGGCUCCAGAUCCCAGUGGAACCUGCCUGAGGUCCCUGUAGUGUCAGGCCAGUACAAGGUGGGGAACGGUGUUGAGCUGGACGGGGUCUCUUUAACGGUCAUGAAGAACUGGAGACACACCAUGGGUGCAACUUAUGUCAGCUCAGCCCUGCAGGAGGUGUUCUCCCCAACUCACAGAAGAAAUGCCUCAGACUACGGCUCCUGUGCGGACAACUCUCCAGAGAUGGGGCAGCAUCACGUGCAGAGUUUGGAAAAAGUUGGAAUACUCAACAAAACUAAAGUGUCAGAGAAUGGGAAAAGAGUAAGGAAAAACUGGGCCCAGUCAUGGACGGUUCUUCACGGAGGGGUUCUGACCUUCCAUAAAGAGCCCAAGUCUGCAGCCACGGGAGCCUCUAUCAAGACCAAUCAGAUCGUCCCAGAGGUCACGGUGGAUCUACGAGGGGCAAAGAUUGGCUGGGCUCUCAGGGAUAAAUCCAGCAAAAAGAAUGUUGUAGAAUUAAAAGACAGAAAUGGCGUUGAGUUUCUGCUACAGUACGACACUGAGAGUAUCAUCAACGACUGGCACAAAGUUCUAAUGGACACCAUACGACAGCUGGAGCAGGAAAACCACCAAUCUGAGGAGGAGGAUGGGGACGUCAGUGAGAAGUCCUACAGUACAGACAGAGAUCAGAGGUCACCAGGUACCAUGGACAGGAGGAGGAGGUCUUCCAGACCGAGCACGGCCACCUCCUCUGGGGGAGAGACCGAACAGAAGAAGGUUCGUACCAAGCUGAUGAAGUUCCUCCUGAAACGACCCACACUGCAGUUCGUCAAGGAGAAGGGUUACAUCCGAGAAAAUGUGUUUUGCUGUCAUCUGGCUGCACUGUGUGCCCAGGAGAAAACUACAAUCCCCAGCUUUGUGGAGAAAUGUAUUCGAGCAGUGGAAAAGAGAGGUCUGGACAUGGAUGGACUCUACAGAGUCAGUGGGAAUCUAGCUGUCAUUCAGAAACUACGCUUCAAGGCAGAUCAUGAGGAGCUGGACCUGGAGGAUGGCCAGUGGGAGGACAUCCACGUUAUCACAGGGGCUCUGAAGCUGUUCUUCAGGGAGCUUCCUGAACCCCUUUUCCCCUUCAGUCACUUCAGCCGCUUCAUCCAGGCCAUCAGAACUGUUGAUUACCAUCACAAAGUGUCUUACAUGCGAGAGCUUGUUGAGUCUCUCCCUCGGCCAAACCAUGAUACCAUGGAACUCCUCUUCAGCCAUUUACGCAAAGUGAUAGAGUAUGGAGAGGAGAACCGUAUGACUGUGCAGAACGUGGCUAUCGUCUUUGGUCCCACGCUGCUCCGGCCAGAGAUGGAGUCAGCCAACAUCGCCAUGCACAUGGUUUUCCAGAACCAGAUAGUGGAGCUAAUCCUCAACCAAUACGAAUACAUCUUCCAUUCCAGUUGAACCAAUGAUAAGCAUCUGUCAGUCAGAGGACAGGGGUCAAAUUAAGCAAUAUUGCAGGAGGGGAAAAAACACAAUCACGACCGCACAGAGGGUGCAUCCAACUAAUCUUUCUUUCUAAAGUGUGCACUUGUUCACUACUCCUCACAAAUUGCAUUGGUGUAGCAUGGACUAGAGGGAGUUUAAAUAUAGGCCUACCUGUCAUUUCCUUUCAAAUCCAUGAAGGGAAGGGAACAAGCGCACACUACAGGAGAAAGGAGAGAUUGGGAGGCAACCACGGAGAAGCUAGUUGAAGGGGAUGUCAAAUAUUUGCACUGCAUUUAUUGUAAUAUCUGCAUUGGAUAAUCAUUAACCAAUUCAGAUUGUUCUCUGAAUUUCUGCCACUCAUUGCAUUCCUCAUUGUGAAAUAGCACACCUGCUCAAGGCAUCACUUAUGUGCAAUCUAAAAAGACAUGUGGGUUGCUAUAGGCCUACUUGGAAAUCUUCCUUUCAUGUAGAAAUGUAACAUCACAAUAACGUGAUUUUAUCUUAACACCCCAAUUCCCAAGGCAACCUGGAAAGACACUUUGGUACUUUGUUUUGACCACAGAUCAGACAAACCAUUUCAGAUUUAUUUUUAAAGAUUACAUUGAAAUGUUUAAAGUUGGAUCUGAUGUUGCUGUGUAGCUCAGAAGUCCUGUGUUAUGAAUGUGUCUUAUUCAGUCAAUGUAUAUAACUAAUUUAGACAUUUAUAAAAUACAUGCUGUGACACUGACUUCCCUUGUACAGCCUCUCUAGAUUUGGUACUGGAUCAGAUGACAUCUUUUUUUAAAUACAUUUAGUUUUAACUUACAAUGAGAAUUUGUUUAAUUAACACAGAAUGAUAAUAACGCAUGGCGGUACUAUUUAAGGAUGUUUGUUACCCUUAAUAGAGUCAAGAAAGACCAAAAUUAAAAGACAGGUGUGAUAAGCAUGACAUUAGGUUUUUGUUCUGUACAUAGAAAUAAAUAUCAUAUUUAUGCUGUAAAUUACUGAAAUUGCACAAUGUGUUUCUUUAAUAAAAUAACUGCACAAACGUGUCAAGUAA